UUUAUUUCCGUUCAUAGCAAACCAUGCAUUAUUGUGACCAGCUGAUAUUGUCAGUGACGGUGCAGGCACAGUAACCAUGGCCUCUGCCGAAGAUGAAGCCUGGGAGAGUUUCAUUGGAGACAUCAGGCCGAGGCUGAAGGAGCUGGUGGUGGUGGAGCGGCUCCUGGAUCAUGUCCACUUCAUCGGACCAGAGCAGAAGGAGCACAUCCGACAGAGAGCCAGGGCAGAGGGGGACAGAGCGGCCGCCGAUCUGCUCAUCGACGCGGUCACCAGGAGGCCACACAGCCUCGGGUGGUUCCGGGCGUUUGUGGAUGCGCUGGCGAGCUCAGGCUGCGACUAUGCUGCGGACAUCAUGCAGGAAAAACUCCCCAAACCUGAUGUGGAGGCAGAGAACGAUCAGUGUGUCCGGCUCAUACAAAUACUGUCCCCCGGGCUUGUGGGGAUGAAGACUGAGGAGGUGUGUUUGCACUGUCUCUCCAGGGGCCUGAUCACCGCAGAGGACUCCGAGAUUAUUAAAGCUGAAACAACAAGCAGAGGACCCAGGAGCGGAGCCCGUGAACUUUUGAGAAGCAUCGUGAGAGGUCGACCGGGGUGGUUCUCAAACUUUCUCCAAAUCUUGCGUGAGACUGAGCACCAGUCCCUGUAUGAGCUGACCGGAGGGUCACCUGACCUCGACAAAGAAGGUGAGAACUGUUCUUCCCUGAAAGAUGAAACCACAGGAAGUGAAGCUGUGUCGAAGAGUCCAGCAGCAGCAGAUGGAGGCUGUGACAGUGCAGAUCUUAUGGUUUUCGCAGUAACCGAGGAUCCUCAGGAUGAAGCCAUAGACCUGUACGCAGGAGCGAGCUCUGAGUACGAACCACUGCCAAAAAGCCUGGAGCCCUCACAACCAGAUGGGACUCUCCCAGAAGCAGCGGCCAGAGGCCCAGAAACUACUGAUAUUUGUCUGCGAGAUUAUCAGAUGGAAGUUGCAAGACCUGCCCUGGAGGCGAAAAACAUCAUUAUAUGCCUCCCAACAGGAAGCGGUAAAACCAGAGUUGCAGUUUAUAUUACCAAAGAACAUCUGGACCGCAGGAGGGCCGAGGGGCAGCCGGGGAAAGUGGUCAUGCUAGUGAACAAGGUUCCCCUCGUUGAACAACAUUAUUCCGCAGAGUUCCUGCCUUUUCUGAAGCCUAAAUAUAAAGUGGAGAGAGUCAGUGGAGACUGCCAGCUCAAAAUCUCUUUCACAGAGAUCCUGAAGAAAAAUGACGUCAUCAUUUGCACGGCCCAGAUUCUGGAAAACCACUUGGAGAGAUCCAACAAAGAAGAGGAUGAGGGCGUGAAGUUAAGCGAUCUGACACUGAUCAUCAUAGAUGAGUGUCACCACACUCAGAAAGGAGAAGUCUACAACCACAUAAUGAUGCGCUACCUGAAGCAGAAGCACAAGAACAUAAAGUGGAAGAAGGAGCAGAGGGAGCCCAUGCCCCUUCCUCAGAUACUUGGCCUGACUGCUUCACCCGGGGUCGGGGGAGCCAAGAAUAUGAAGAAAGCAGUGGAGCACAUUCUGCGAAUUUGUGCAAACUUGGACGCUUCCAGUAUCAUGACGAGCAGCCUUGGUGACUACAAAAAGCAACCCAAUAAAACAACUCUAGCUGUUGAAGACAGAAUAGAGGAUCCCUUCGGUGAUGUUAUUAAGAAAAUCAUGAAUGCCAUUCAUGCUCAUGCAAAGCUUAGCACCAACUGUGACCUUGGUUCUCAGCGUUAUGAACAAUGGAUUGUUGAAACGGAGCGAGAAGCUGCAGCAAAGGAAGAUCACAAAGUACGGGUUUGUGCAGAAUACCUGCGACAGUACAGCGAGGGCCUGAAUCUUAGCAACAUCAUCCGCAUGCACGACGCCUUCGGUUUCCUAAAUGAAUACUACGAGAAGGAGAAAAAUAAAAAAAUGAACCCAGAUGAGGAGCAUAAAAUACAGAUCACAGACACUGAGAGAUUCCUCUUCAAUGUGUUCAAAGAGAACAAGGAAGAGCUGCAGAGUCUUGCAGGGAAUCCACAGUAUGAAAAUGACAGCCUGUCAAAGUUAAGAUGUAAAAUCCUGCAUGAGUUCAGCAGCAGGGAGGAGGCCAGGGGGAUCAUUUUCACCAAAACACGCCGCAGUGCCAUCGCUCUAAGCCACUGGAUUCAGGAAAACUCAAAGUUUGCUGACAUAGGAGUGAAAGCCUCAUAUGUCAUUGGAGGAGGAGACCAGAGUGUUGUUAAACCAAUGACCCCUGCAGAACAAAAGGACGUUUUGAAAAACUUCCACAAUGGUGAUGUCAACCUGCUGAUUGCCACAACAGUGGCAGAGGAAGGUUUGGACAUACCGGCGUGCAAUUUUGUCAUUCGAUACGGGCUUGUGACCAAUGAGAUCUCUAUGAUUCAGGCUGAAGGUAGAGGAAGAGCUGAGGACAGCAGUUACACUCUGGUCGACGUCAAGAACUCUGGGGUCGCUGAGAAGGAGUGGGUCAAUGAGUACCGCAAGAAAAUGAUGAACAAAGCCAUUAAGAACAUCAGAUCCUUAAAUCAAGCAGACUAUGAAAAACAAAUCAUAGAUUUUCAGUUUCAAGCUAUAAUGGAGAAGAAGGUGAGAUUGGUAAAGAAGAAGCAGAAAGACAUGAAGAGCGAGUGUCCAUCUAAAGUGAAAUUUAACUGCCGACACUGCAGCCAACACGUCUGCAACGGUGACGACAUCAAUAUCAUCGAAAACAUGCACAGAGUCAAUGUUACAGAGCAGUUUAGGGAACUGUACAUUGCGAGAGAAGACCCCCCUCUUCACGAGCGACCUCUGGAUUUGGAAACCAAAGGCUUAAUAGCAUGCAAGAUUUGUGGGCAGGGAUGGGGUGUGAUGAUGGUGUACCGUGGCAUAGAGUGCCCCUGCCUCCAUGUGCAAAACUUCGUGGUGACGCUCAACGGAAAGAAGAUUGCCAAAUGCUCCAAGUGGAGCGAGCUGCCCGUCAGGUUUUCUGCCUUCGACUACGCUGAACAAGCGAGACAGUUGGCCAGCAGCUCUGACGAGGAUGACACUAAUUGAAUUCAAGCAGUUUAGCAAUAUUGGUAUGAGAAUACAUAGAAUUCUUGUAUUCUUAACUGUGUAUCACAAGCUCACACUGUUAAAGUGAGAUGCUUCUUCAUAUGAGCUUAACAAUUUUAACAUUGUGUUGGGUAAUUCCUCAAAUCAAUUUUACUUAUGCACUGUACAUGUACAUGUACUAAUAGGCUGAAUUUAAAGGUGAAAUGCUGUUAAGAUCUUUGUGUGCAUGACUGGUGUAAAAUGAACUGGGAAAAUAAAUAAAUUUCCUC